UUGCUAUUCUCAAAUUGUCUUUUUUGAGAAAAUCAACAAAUCGGGAAAUCAGGAAAGUAAAAAAGCUAAAAUAAAAUAGAGCUAUUUUCGUUUUGCGCCGAUCAAGCACCGAAUACCUUGCAAAAUGUGGCGUCCGUCUUUUACCUUAUUCAGAAAAGUGAUCCUAACUUCAACGAAGGAAACCUCCGCCGUUUCACGUGUGUUUUAUUCGUCAAGAGGCCGGGCACCAAGGUCAACCGCGAAGCUAACGUUGGUUAGCGCCAGUGUGGGAAUCCUCUUGGGGGCUGGAUACGGCGGCUACACCCAUUAUAAGGUCAACUCGAAGAAAACCCAGCUACCCGUCGAGAAUGAACAGUACAUAUUCCUGCCCAAAGCACCAGAGUACAAACCACAUUACAGGGUGGUCAACGACGCAGACAACAGCAACUUGGAGUUGAUUUUCUUCCAAUACCGCACAUGCCCGUUCUGCUGCAAGGUGCGGGCGUACCUGGACUCGCGCGGGCUGAGCUAUGACGUGGUGGAAGUGGACGCCGUGCUGCGCCAGGCCAUCAAGUGGUCUGAGUACAAGAAGGUGCCGAUACUGCUGGCUAAGGUCGAUGGUGGUUAUCAGCAACUGAUGGACAGCACGGCCAUAAUCUCGGUGCUCGAGACCCAUCUCCGCGACCGCACCGCUCAGAUCAAGGAGCUGAUCCGGUUCUAUCCGGCCACGCGCUACACCGCCGACGACGGCAAGCAGACCACCGAGAUCUCCAACAAGUACUUCAUCAUGCACAACCAGCCCAUGAACAAUGAGGCUGUGAGGAACGCUGAGAUCGAGGAGCGCGAAUGGCGCAAGUGGGCGGACUCGGUCCUGGUGCACAUGCUGUCGCCCAACGUGUACCGCACCCCGGGCGAGGCCCUGGACACCUUCAAGUGGUUCGAAGAAGCCGGCGGCUGGCGCGACGCCUUCCCGGCCUGGGAGUGCGCGCUGAUGGUCUAUGUUGGCGCGGCCGCCAUGUUCUUUAUCGCUAAGCGGCUGAAGACUAGACACCACCUGAAAGACGACGUGAGGCUGUCCCUGUACGACGCCGCCAACAAGUGGACCCGAGAGCUCAGCAAGAAGGGCACCAAGUUCCACGGCGGAGACCAGCCCAACCUGGCCGAUGUCAGCGUGUUCGGGGUGCUCAGCAGCAUAGAGGGCUGCCAGGCCUUCAACGACCUCAGGGAGCACACACAGAUCGGCCAGUGGUACGAUGAUAUCAAAGAAGUGAUACAAAGGCGAAGGGGUCAAGUUAUACCGGUUAAGAAUUAGACGGAUUUUUAUUCGUUAUUUAUUGACCACGCAGUUUAUGUUCGACUUUUUAGAGAAAGGGUACUUUUUGUGACACAUUAGUAUUUUUAUGCCAGCAAUGCUCAAUCGUUUUGCCGUUUUGUAAGUUUAAUUGUAAUGUAAUCACUAAAUUAAGGCUUACACCUUGAGAUGUAACCUGAUGUGCACAUAAUCACUUUGCAAUUCGCAAUAAUAGUAGAACUGUUCCUUUGAAAAUAUAUACGUAGAAUAUAGAUUAAUCUCGCUUCUGAUGAACUUAUUGGCAAAUUAGAUAGGUAGUUGAGAAUUUUAUUGAAUUAUUUUGUAUGUAAAUAUAAACAUUAUCUCUUUAUUUACAAGUGCUUGUUUAACUUAGAGGAUUGCGUCCAUAACUUAUUUGCUAACGUUGAAUUUAUUAAGGAGAUUAUUGUUGUUCGUGAUUGUAUUAAUAUUUGUUGGAAAGGAAGGCGUAUAUUAUGUAGACAGCGAUUUGAGCAUGUGAAUAAAGAACACACAAAAGCACAUUGUACCUAUGAUUUUAUAUGAAAAUGAUGAAAUUAAUUAACGGUAAUGCUCACCCUUCAGUUGGUAAAUACGUAAUGUGUGCUUGUCUUAUAUCACUAUUGAAACAUAUUAGUAUCAAACUUUGGGCAUUUUAUGUACCUCCGAAUGGUACUACACAGAAUGCUAUUAUUUACCAUGUCAUGCUCAUAUUAUUAUAUAAUACAGGAUUCAUACCGACUAUCUCCAUCGAUUGCUUCUGUUCUCUUAGAACAUAUUCUUUCUGUUACUAGAUUCAUAAAUACGUUUGUUGUUUAGUUAUUACUUAUUAAUUAUGUUGUAGAUGUAGAUCGUUAUUUUACACACUUUGAAUAAAUAGUUCUUAAUGUCUU